CCGUGAUUUCUUCCUGUUCGUCAAAAGGUGAUCCUGAACUUGCAGAGUUGGUUGUGAAGUUGCUUGAUGGGAAGGGUAUAGUUAUGAAUUAUUAUGUGAAGACUGCGUUGCUUGAUAUGCAUGCAAAGUGUGGGAAUAUUAAGAUUGCUAAAAGGAUUUUUGAUGAGUUGGGUAAGAACAGGAAUGUUGUUAGCUGGAACGCCAUGAUUUCAGCCUAUACAAGAGCUGGAGAGUUGAAGUCAUCUAGGGAACUGUUUGAUAAAAUGCCUGAAAGAAAUGUUGUAUCUUGGAACUCUAUGAUUUCUGGUUACGCUCAAAAUGGACAAUCUGCAGAAGCAAUUCAGCUUUUCAAGCAAAUGAUUAGAACUGCUAAUUCUAAUGAUUUGAAACCAGAUGAGGUGACAAUGGCAGUUGUCAUCUCAGCAUGUGCACAUCUUGGCGCUUUAGAAUUGGGCAGUUGGGUGGUUAAAUAUAUGAUUGAAAACCACAUCAAGUUGAGUAUUUCAGGUUAUAAUUCUUUGAUCUUUAUGUAUGCCAAAUGUGGCAGCAUGAGAGAUACCAAGAGCAAGUGAUUAUCAGAGAGAGAGGGAGGGAGAACUUUUACGCGAUGGCUAGCUCAUUGAGAGCACGCGGGUCUCUGGUGGUACUAGCAAUCAUCUUCUUCGGAUGUCUCGUUGCAAUUUCCAUUGCAAAGGAAGAAGCCACCAAAUUGGGAACAGUCAUUGGGAUAGAUCUUGGUACAACUUACUCCUGUGUCGGUGUAUACAAAAAUGGUCAUGUUGAAAUCAUAGCCAAUGACCAGGGAAACCGUAUUACCCCAUCAUGGGUAGCUUUCACUGACAGUGAGAGACUGAUUGGUGAGGCAGCAAAGAACCAGGCGGCUGAUCCUGAGAGGACCAUCUUUGACGUGAAAAGGCUUAUUGGAAGAAAGUUCGAGGAUAAAGAAGUUCAAAGGGAUAUGAAGCUUGUUCCUUAUAAGAUUGUGAACAAGGAUGGCAAGCCUUACAUUCAGGUUAAGAUAAAGGAUGGGGAGACCAAGGUCUUUAGCCCAGAGGAGAUUAGCGCGAUGAUUCUUACUAAGAUGAAGGAGACAGCUGAAGCAUUCCUUGGGAAGAAAAUAAAGGAUGCUGUUGUUACAGUUCCUGCAUACUUUAAUGAUGCCCAGAGGCAAGCCACCAAGGAUGCUGGUAUAAUUGCAGGGCUUAAUGUUGCAAGAAUUAUUAAUGAACCAACUGCGGCAGCCAUUGCCUAUGGUUUGGACAAGAAGGGUGGUGAGAAAAACAUUCUUGUCUUUGACCUUGGUGGUGGGACAUUUGAUGUCAGUAUCCUGACAAUUGACAAUGGUGUUUUUGAGGUGCUUUCAACAAAUGGAGACACUCACUUGGGAGUCAACAACCUGUGGUUAGUUUAUCUUCCACCGAAGCUGAAUAUAUUGCAGCUGCUUCAUGUGCCUGUCAAUGUAUUUGGUUAAGAAGAAUUUUGGCAAAACUUGGGUUCAUACAGGAACAAUCUACUAUAAUUUUAUGUGAUAACAGUUCAACUAUAAAACUGUCAAAGAAUCCUGUUCUUCAUGGAAGAAGCAAACAUAUUGAC